CUCUCUCAGCUGCAAAAUGGCUCGUGGGCCCAAAAAGCAUCUCAAGCGUUUACACGCACCGAAAGCAUGGAUGUUAGACAAGUUGGGUGGUGUCUUCGCACCCCGUCCAUCAACCGGACCCCACAAGCUAAGGGAGUGUCUUCCUCUGGUUAUUUUCCUACGUAACAGACUGAAGUAUGCUUUGACCAAUUCCGAAGCUACUAAAAUCGUCAUGCAGCGUUUGAUCAAAAUUGAUGGCAAAGUUCGCACUGACAUCAAUUACCCGUCUGGUUUCAUGGACGUUAUUUCCAUCGAGAAAACUGGUGAAUAUUUUCGAUUUAUUUACGACGUCAAGGGACGUUUUGCUGUCCACAGAAUUACUCCUGAGGAAGCUAAAUACAAAUUAUGCAAAGUGCGUCGAGUUCAAACUGGACCAAAAGGUAUUCCAUUUUUAGUAACACACGAUGGUCGUACCAUUCGUUAUCCAGACCCAGUUAUAAAAGUUAAUGACACAAUUCAGUUGGAUAUCGCUAGCAGUAAAAUCCUCGAUUCAAUUCGUUUUGAACCUGGUAAUUUGUGUAUGAUUACCGGAGGUAGAAAUUUGGGCCGUGUUGGUACAGUUGUCAGCCGUGAACGUCAUCCUGGAUCAUUUGAUAUUUGUCAUAUCAAAGAUGCUCAAGGACACACUUUUGCUACGAGAUUAAACAACGUCUUCAUAAUUGGAAAAGGUGUUAAGCCAUACGUCAGUUUACCCAGAGGCAAAGGUAUCAAGCUCUCUAUCGCUGAAGAACGUGAUAAGAGACUUGCUGCUAAAGGACUUAAUUAAAGUGGCAAUGAUUCUUUAUUAUCUGCAGAUCUUACUCUGUGUAAAAACACUGAAUCUUGAUAAAAAAAAAAUAUAUCAUGAAAAGUA